CCUUUAAAAAAACCUGUCUAUCCUGCUCUGACUAUUCCCUCUCUAAAAUGUGAAACCCAUGCUGCCAGGGCAGUGAUUAAUGUGCACAUCUACCAGGCCUGCCUGUCUAACCAUAUCUCUAAGAAAAAUGGUAUCAUAACCCAGCCUGCCUAUGGAGCCUCUCCUGUCUUCAGGCCUAAUUAUGGUGUUAAAGUCACCUCCAAAGACAACCUGCUGGGACAUAAAAGGAUGGGCUUGAUCCUUGUAAGGAGGCACAGGUCCUGCCCCCUAACAAGGACAUCU